GAUUGAAGAUAAGAUACAGUGAACUGAUUGAAGAUCGUAGCCACCUCGAUUCUGGGGAUAGGUAACGAUGGAUGCGGGAGAUAAGGAAGAUGAUCUCGAUAUUGCUCAAGGGGCUGUGCUGGUGAAGUCAUGCGAGGUUCCCAAAGAUGCCAUACCUAUUCGUGGAUACGAUUUCAAUGAAGGUAUUGAUUUCUCCAAAUUGAUGGCAUCAUAUCUGUCGACUGGCUUCCAGGCAUCUCAUCUGGGAAAGGCUAUUCAGGAAGUCAAUGCCAUGUUAGAUGCGCGGGAGAAAGUGGAUGAAAAGCAGAAGGAGCGUCACUUCCCAUAUCCUAAAGAACGUCUCAUACCUCCCUGUACAAUUUUUCUUGGAUACACAUCGAAUCUAGUCACUAGCGGUAUCAGAGAGAUUAUACGAUUUAUUGUGCAACAUAAUCUUGUUGACUGUCUUGUGACCAGUGCUGGUGGUGUCGAAGAAGACCUGAUUAAAUGUUUGGCUCCAUCCUACCUCGGUGAUUUUUGCAUGGAUGGGAAAGACCUACGGUCUAAAGGUCUCAAUCGAGCUGGCAAUAUCUUGAUACCAAAUGAUAAUUAUUGCAAGUUUGAAGAUUGGUUGACACCGAUUCUCGACGAAUGUUUAAAGGAGCAGAAUGAUAACGGGGUCAGCUGGACCCCUUCGAAACUCUGCCGGAGAAUGGGUGAAAGGAUCAAUAAUGAGGAAUCGAUUCUUUAUUGGGCUUCUCGAAAUCAUAUCCCAGUCUUUUGUCCAGCUUUGACAGAUGGAAGCCUUGGUGAUAUGUUGUAUUUCCAUUCAGUCAAGCAUUCGCAAGGAGUUCGCCUUGAUAUUGUCGAGGAUGUGCGCAACAUCAACGCUAUGGCUGUUAAAAGCGCUCGCACUGGAGUGUUAAUCUUAGGCGGAGGCGUUGUUAAGCACCACAUAAAUAACGCGAAUCUCAUGCGAAACGGCUCGGAUUUUACUGUUUACAUCAAUACCGGCAUGGAAUUUGACGGAUCAGACUCUGGUGCACAGCCGGAUGAGGCAGUCAGCUGGGGAAAGAUCAAACCAGCAGCUCAUGCAGUAAAAGUAUGUGCUGACGCCACCUUGGUUUUUCCCCUACUUGUAGCCGAAACUUUUGCAAAAAGAGUGCAUAGAACGAAUUAAUUUUAUAAAAUGCCUUUUAGGUAUUGUGCAUGUUGUUAUCUUGUUACUAUAGUUGCUGUUGUUUGUGUUUGUCACAAUAGUCAUAGCUAGUUGUUAAGCUGUUGAAUUUGUGCA